CAACAUGUUGCAAGUGAGAAACAAAUCCUAACUUGAGUUCCAAGCAAGAGUGACAGAAGUUCCAACCUUGAAGCACGACCAUGGCUUACAAUGACUACGGCAAUUACAGACCAGGUUACUCCACCGGUGGGGUUGGAGCUUACACCGACCAAUGGGGAAAUCCAAGGUAUGCUUCUGAUGACGAGGAGUGCCGUACAGUCAUUGUUGAUGCUGACGGUACUCGAAGAACAAUAAUUGGUUGUGUCCCCAUCCGUAAACCAGAAACUUAUAUUACCACAACCGAGACUAUCAUUGAAGAACGUGUUCACUCACCUUUAUUACCUUCAUACAGGCAAAGUUCUCACCCAGGUGUUGUUGAGCCAGUUAGAGGCUACGGCUAUGCUGCUGAUGACUCAUGGCAGCGCAGGUCUUCGAGCCCCGUCAGAGGUGGUUAUGGUUAUGCUGACCAACCCUCCAGGAUUGCACCAUCCAAUGGUGUGAAUUGGCGCCAACAGCCCCAUCAAACCGGACACUACAGUGGCACUUCAGCAGGCUAUAAUGACUAUAAUGACUACAGCAACAAGCCAAGUUACAAGCAUAGUGGAAAGACUGACCACUAUGAUGACCACUACAGCAACAAGCCAAGUUACAAGCAUAGUGGAAAGAGUGACAACUAUGAUGAUCAAUACCGCAAAAAUGAUAGUAGCAGCUAUGGCCGGCCUAAGCCAAGCCGUACUGUAUAUUCUACUGGUGCACUCCCCGUUCGCGGUGAUGGCAGGCUCACUGUUCCAACAGAUGACAUGGAGAGAGCCUUGCACUACUUGAAGGAAAGUGCAAAGCCUUCACCAUGGCCACGAACAUAAUGAAAUUGACUUCCAGGAAUGUCAUGUAUGUUAUUUUCAUGCUGCUGGUUUAGUAUAAUCUAGCGACUCUUAUCUGUGUGUUUAUCUGCUUCUGUAACCUGUGUUGAUGGCAUGUAUGCCUUGUGAUAUGAAAUUAUAAUAAAGCAUUGUAGCAAUUAUGCCUGCAAUAAAUAUAAUAUAUAUGCAUCGGUUCUAUUUUAUUA